AUUGUGGACUUGGCAAUGUACCAGACCAACACCCACAUGCGGACACACCUGCCCGAAGUGCCCUUGGUAGACCUCCUCAGCCAGAUUUGGGCCACGUUUCUGACAGAGGCUCCUCUAUUGACGUAAAGAUAAAAGUUUCCUACGCAAAAGAAAAUACUGAAUACUCUUCCUGGUAAAAGAUUAGCGGUCCCUCUGAAGGUAGAGUCAGAAGAGAGAGCCAACUCCCGAAGGCCUGCUCAGUUCCCAAGGUUUCCACGAAACCAAAGGUGGCGGGGUCUCAUAUCCCACUGUGCAUCUCAGACACCGGGAGAGGAGGCUCCGCGACUAACUCAAGCUACGCGUUUCUCCUGCGGACCUGCGAACAGACUGCUGGAUGGGCGGCCAGCUAAAGACAGAAUCAUAGCCAUCAUUAAGGAACCCGCCGACCAGCGCGAUCGGACUUUGGAAAACAGGUUCAAGUCCCACAAGUCUGUGCUGCCGGAAACGGAAAGUCUUGGGAGGGCUGGCGAUUGGUCGCGGAGCCGGAAGCCGGAAACUGUGUAUAGUGACGCCCGUGAUGGCCGAAGCAGCGGGUGUUCCAGCGGAGUCCCUGGCUGGCUGCAGGGCGCGGGCAGCACGGACGGUGCUAGAUCAAGUGGUGCUGCCGGGCGAGGAGCUGCUGCUGCCAGAUCAGGAGGACGGAGACGGCCCAGGAGGUGCAGGGGAGCGACCGCUGCGCCUAAACGCCGCAGCGCGCUCCCGGGGACGCGUGGUGUGCGGCCCAGGCUUGCGGCGCUGCGGAGACCGACUGCUGGUCACCAAGUGCGGCCGGCUCCGUCACAAGGAACCUGGCAGUGGCAGCGGCGGUGGCGUUUACUGGGUGGACUCGCAGCAGAAGCGGUAUGUCCCGGUGAAAGGAGACCAUGUGAUUGGCAUAGUGACAGCUAAGUCUGGAGACAUAUUCAAAGUUGAUGUUGGAGGGAGUGAGCCAGCUUCCCUGUCUUACUUGGCAUUUGAAGGUGCAACUAAAAGAAACAGACCUAAUGUGCAGGCUGUUAGCUCCAGACUGCGAAAUCCUACAAGAAGUGGGAAAACUCUACCCCUUGGAGAUAGUAUUUGGAAUGAAUGGAAGAAUAUGGGUUAAGGCAAAAACCAUUCAGCAGACUCUGAUUUUGGCAAACAUUUUAGAAGCUUGUGAACACAUGACAGCAGAUCAAAGAAAACAAAUCUUCUCCAGAUUGGCAGAGAGCUGAAGGACCUAUGUGGGUUUUUUUAUGGGUCAGCUGAACCAAGAGACUGGGUUUCCUGGGGAAAAGGUUCUCAGGUGAAUUCCACAUUAAAUUUUCAGGAGACAAGAUGUGAAUGUACAUAAUGUCUAUUACAGUCCUAAAUAAAAUAUUUUUAUAAAAAAGUUACUCGUUGCCACCCAAAUUCUUAUGGGUGAGAAAAAUGAAAAAUGAAGCCAUGAUGUAGUUUUUUGUUUUUUUACAAUAAAGUUUACUACAGUUACUGUUA